AUGAUUUUAAGACAGUACAAGACAGGGGCCAGCAACCAUGUGCCGGACCUUCUCUCACGACCAGCAGGUGAUGUACCUCCAUCUAUGAAGACAGCUCGCCUACUAGAACAGGCCCAGGAGGCACAUGAUGACGCUGCUGAUAAGAUGGACCUCACUGGAAUGACAGCUGUUCAGACAAGGGAGCACCAGCUAUGGGACCCGGCAUGCGAGGACCCCCUGGGUUGGCUGGAAGGGCGCCAGGCUGUACCAGGGGAGAGACCUCCUGCUGCACUCUUCAGCUUUGAGGCACUACGACAAGCCCACUGCCCUCCGACUGCCACCCAUCCUGGGAUCCACCAUACAUUCCAGAACCUGCAGGGCGCCUGGUACUUCCCCAAUAUGUAUCAUCUGGUGAGGGAGUAUGUGGCAGCCUCCCAUGCAUGUCAGCAGCGCAAGGGUGUGGCAGGACGCGCCCCAAUGGAAGGCCAUCCACUGCCAGAGGUCCCACUGGUGACAGUGUCAGCUGACCUUAUGGACUUGCGGGGAUCAGCAGCAUGUACUCUCCAUUGUGAACCAUCACACAUGGUUCAGCUGGUCUCACUGCUUGAUAAGAAGGCCGACAGAGUGCUAUGGGCCUUUGACGACCAUUAUGUGACUCUAUUUGGGCCACCUGACCGAGUGGCACUCACUUCUGGAGGCCCUUCCAAUGGGGUGGUGGAGCGCACCAAUCAGACAGUGAAGGAUGCGCUGGUGGCACUGGCUCGGCAGGCUCCUUCGCAGUGGCCCACCCAUCUUCCUGCUGUUCGCCUCGCCUUGAACUCAGCCAUCCACCGUGCUGUGAGGGACCAGCCGCUAUACUUGCUGACAGGUCUUAUGGUGCUCUUUGGGAAGGGCCUGAUUAACCGCCAGGCUGUGGACCCCAACCUGAUAUUGGCACGUCUUGCAGACGCCUGCUGGCUAGGUGUUGAAGUGAGCUGGAAGAUGCAGGAGACUAACAAGGCCCAGUAUGAGCACGUACCUCAGGCCCAUACGAGGAGGGAUCUCUGGUCCUACAUAAGGUCCUAG